AAUAUUCUCCCGCAAACACGCAGUCUCUUUCUAACCGCUCUCUUUAACCUUUUCGGGCUGGAUUUGGAAGGAGUUCCUCUUCAAGCUGCAUCUGACAGCCCGACAGACCUCUAGACUUCCCUCAGCUCUCCAGAUUCUUCUCUUGAAUCCUCAAAAAUGACCCUUUUAUUUUGAAAAUGAGUUUAAAAUAAAACUUUUUGUAGCUAGUCCAGCGGCCGACAGGGCAGCUCUGCUGCAGAUGGGGUGGCCUUAGCAUCUGAGCGCGCUGCCCUAGUCUCUCCCUGUCCCUCUUCGGUGGAAAAGGGGGCGGAGAAGAGACAGAAGAAGGGGCGGAGGUCACCCGCGCCUUCCAUCCUGCCCUGGCUUCAAGCGUCGCUAGGUGCUGCGGGAUCAGAGGGGCUGAGCGCAGCCCAGCAAAUCUCUGGGUGAGAGGAUUGACCUUGCAGAGGGUACAAGCGGCGGGACUCAAGCGGGUGCUGGAGCAGGAGCGCCGCGCUGUGCUCCUGGAACCUGCGGCGGCGGCUGAGAGAGGCUGAACUCACCAUGGCGCACCGAGCUAAGCGCUCUGGGGCUCCCGCGAUAGCCCUGCUGGCCGCCCAGAAACCCGAGAUGUCUGGACUGCAAACCAGCACAGUUUUGAGAGAGAGAUGACUUGAGGAGCCAGCUGUUAUCUCCACAACAAUGUCCAUGAACAAUUCCGAACAACUAGUGUCUCCUGCAGCUGGGCUCCUUUCAAAUACAACCUGCCAGACAGAAAACCGGCUUUCAGUGUUUUUUUCAAUAAUCUUCAUGACAGUGGGAAUCUUGUCAAACAGCCUUGCCAUUGCCAUUCUCAUGAAGGCAUAUCAGAGGUUUAGACAGAAGUCCAAGGCAUCAUUUCUGCUUUUGGCCAGUGGCCUGGUAAUCACAGACUUCUUUGGUCAUCUCAUCAAUGGAACUAUAGCAGUAUUUGUGUAUGCAUCUGAUAAAGACUGGAUCCGCUUUGAUCAAUCAAAUGUUCUUUGCAGUGUUUUUGGUAUCUCCAUGGUAUUCUCUGGUUUGUGCCCACUUUUUCUAGGCAGUGUGAUGGCGAUUGAGAGGUGUAUCGGAGUCACCAAACCAAUAUUUCAUUCUACAAAAAUUACAUCCAAACAUGUGAAAAUGAUGUUGAGCGGCGUGUGCUUGUUCGCUGUUUUUAUAGCUUUGCUGCCUAUUCUUGGGCAUCGAGACUAUAAAAUUCAAGCAUCAAGGACUUGGUGUUUCUACAAUACUGAACACAUCGAAGACUGGGAAGAUAGAUUUUAUCUUCUACUUUUUUCUUUUCUGGGGCUCUUGGCCCUUGGUGUUUCCUUCUUGUGCAAUGCCAUUACAGGAAUUACACUUUUGAGAGUUAAAUUUAAAAGUCAACAGCACAGACAAGGCAGGUCUCAUCAUUUUGAAAUGGUCAUCCAGCUCCUGGCUAUAAUGUGUGUCUCCUGCAUUUGCUGGAGUCCAUUUCUGGUAACAAUGGCCAACAUUGGCAUAAAUGGAAAUAAUUCUCAGGAGACCUGUGAAACAACGCUCUUUGCUCUCCGAAUGGCAACAUGGAAUCAAAUCUUAGAUCCCUGGGUAUAUAUUCUUCUCCGGAAGGCUGUCCUUAAGAAUCUCUUCAAGCUUGCCAGACGCUGCUGUGGAGUGCAUGUCAUCAGCUUACAUAUUUGGGAGCUUAGCUCUAUUAAAAAUUCCUUAAAGGUUGCUGCUAUUUCUGAGUCACCCGUUGCAGAAAAAAAUCAGCAAGCACCGAGUUUAGUAGGACAGUAAGUCAGUGUAGGACUAGAACGUGAUUAAGAAAAUUUUUGGCAAUAUAUCAGUUAAUUAGAUAAAUAUACAUAGCCUAACUGGAAAGUUCAGACCUCAGCAGGUAGUUGGUGAUAACUUUCUUUGGAUUCAGCUUUUGAAAUUUGUCAAAGUAGUACAUGAUUGCAUAUUUUCACUUGUUUUUGUCAACUGGAGUUAGAAUGAAAUAAUGCUUAUGGGAGUCAAAUAGAAAAAAAAAUGAGCUUAUCUGUGUGAUUGAUGCUUUUAUAAUAAAUGAAUGUGUUGAGGCCUAAUGUAUUUUUACUUGGCCUAUUUACUAGGGAACACCUUAACACUACCUGCACAGUGGAUUGGCUAUUUUAGGAUCACUGUUUGUAACUAUUCUUCAUAGACAAAGCUCAUUGAACUACAAGGCCCCUGUAUUUUUGUCUGGUCUGUUUUAGUAGUCAUUAUGUAGCCUCAAUCAAUAUAUGCAUGACCAUGGCACCUGGGAUUCAACUGUGGCUUAUAACAAAAACCUACUGUAUAGGUCAGUUCUGGCUCAUAGGUUGUCUGGUCUCGUGAGCUUAUUUAUAAUGGGCCCAUUCAUAUCAUAUUUGACAAAUAUGAUUACUUUCAUCUAUUAUUAUGAAGGUCAAUUGUUUGAAGGCUUUUUGGCAAGUAUAGAUUUAAAAUUUUUAAAUAAUUGUUUCCUUUGAAAAAUUUAGUACGUUGAUACAUGUUCAUAUUUAGAGAUACAGAGGCUUUAACUUAGCACAGAUAUAGGCAACUUGCAUGACAGCAGUUCCUAAAAAGCUCUACCAUGAAUAAUGCAAACAACCUAUACCCCAAUGAUGUGAGCAAAGAACAUGGGCAAAAGGUGCUUUGCUGUGUGCCAUUAUUUCUGUUUCAGAGAAUAAAAGAAACACAGUCAACAUAUAAUAUUCAAAGAUUAUCUACAUCUAGUGUUUUUCUGCCUUACAUGCAUGUAUGUACACAAAAAUACUCACCACAGACAAUGGAAAAUCCUCUUUUGACAACAGGUUCAUUGAAUGUGUAAGAUAGCAUCUUCUAAAGCCUGUGCUACAGUGUUGAAGGGGAAGAUUGGAUAUCAGCCAAGCAUUUUGGCAUCAUUUUAAUAGCUAACCAGAAAUCAAAGGUAAUAAUCUCCCCCAAAUUUCCAGUAAUAAAUCAGACUUUUUCCCCCUUGUUUUUGUAAUUCAUUCCAAAGAAUUUAGUACCCAUUCAGAAUGUCUUAAGUCCAUCAGAGAAUAGGGAGUAGUUUUGCUUUAUAGUAGGGAAAUGUAUUUCUAAAAAAACUUCUUUCUUUUAUUAAAUUGGGUCCAUUUAAAAAUUAAUUUUCUCUGUGAAACUCUUUUCAGACUCUAGGUAAUUCUUUUAAUUCAGCUAGACUUAAAUGAUUAUGUUCAUAAAUUUCUGGUUUUCAUUGUUAAUUUCCAUUGGAAGUCAUUGUUAACUUUGUGGAUUUUGGCAAAUUGUCCUGGGUAAAUUAAAAGAAAUUAAGAAUGUAUCCUCAUUGAAGAUUUGAAGGCAAUAUUUUUUCUGCAAAUCUAAAGCAGAUCACAACACGCUGGCACAUGAUAUUCUUAUUUUAAGACCAGUAAAUGAUUAAUCUUGCAAAUUUAUUCUCAUAUGUAGAGCACAUAAUAUAUGCUAGAUUAAUACUUGUCAAGUUGAAUUACAGACAAAAAUUUCCUAAUGCAAAUUGGACAUGGAAUUGCAAAGUUUUUGCACAUUUUAGUUUAAAAUGACAGUUACAUAUUGGUCAUUAUGGUAUAUGUAUAUAUACAUUAUGUAUGUGUGUGUGUAUGUUUGUAUAUACAACACAUGUUUAAAAAGAAGCUAUUUGUGAUUGCUAUUACAUUGCAUAAAUGUGUUUCAAGAGCACUUUAAGCCAAGACAAACUUUCAAAACAGAUAUUUAUUUUCUAUAACUACUUAAGAAUAUUGGUGUCAUGUGAACUGAGGCACAAGGGGCCAGAUCUCUACCUACCUUCCCUUGUUAUCUUGGAUAAAAAACCUGCAGCAAAUAUUUGCAUGUAUUUCAACUGGGAUAAGGCACUGAGAAGAAACACGUUCAGAAUCUCCAGGCCUCUUCUCCCAGAGUCUUUAAAAUGUAAUGGAAAAAUUGUUGCUGUAUUGCCACAAUGUGGUCCUAGCCAUAUGCAUCUGAACUGAGAUCUGUGAUAUGACCAUGUGGGAUGCAGUGCUUUGGGGAGUAACAAUGGAGUCACUCUGCAUAUCUGGAAAGAUUACUUGUAUCAUGUGAGUAUCAUUUUAGGGCAAUAUAAUUGAUUUUGAGAUGAUGUUAAACACAUGAUACAGACAUCAAAACUGGAAAAAAAAUAAGUAAAAGAAUAUGUGUUUGUAUGAUUUAGGCUUUUCUUCCAAGGAAAGCAUAAUUAAAGAAAGCAAACAAACACAAGAGUGGUCACAGCUGAUUUCAGAAUUUGUUUCUUUUGAUAUAUAUUUUACACAUAGUUUGGCAAUUUGCUGUAUAAUACAUAAUAGAGGGUAGCAUUCACCAAUAACUUCAUUCAUGUUCCAAGUGAAAGUAUAUUUGUUCUGAUUUCCAGAAAUAAAUAGUACAAAUAGUUUCAACAGGUUCAUUAAUUUGGAAUGUUGUAAGCUCUGUUUUAAAGUUUGUAAUGAGACCUUCAGGGUAACUGAAAUAAUUUUCCUUUGCAUUAGGUAAAGUAGGAAUCAUACAAAUUCACAUACUGUUUGAGCUUAUGAUUUCUGAAAAAUUGUAUUAUUCUAGGCAAAAGAUAAACUUGUCAGACUUUUUUAGAGUCUCUGUGAAUUUGUUUAAAUUAGUGCCCUUAUAGAAAGAGUCAUGAGAGAGAUUUCCCUCAACCACAAGGAGAGCUCUCAAGAGAACCCAGCCAUAUCCUAAUAUUGGACAUCCACCUCUGGAUCUGUAAGAAAUAAAUUUUUGUGGUUUAAGCCAAAAAAAUGCAUAUGGGAUUUUAUGAUUAUAAAUACUAAGAGAAUGCUGACUCCUGGUAUCCAAAACAUCAAAUGUUUUACUGAAGGUUUCAAUUAAAAACAUGAUUAAAAACAUGCCCUUUGAAAUUUUUUUUUCCUAGAGAUGGAAAGUUGCUUAUAAUGAUUUGUAUAACUAAAGUGGAAAAUUCCUAAAUGUCCACACACACACACACACAGACAUACCCAUAUAUAUGGGGGGGGGAUAAAUCUGUGGUAUAUAAUAGUAUCGUAUGCUCAUUUUAAGACUUAGGAAAAGACAAAUUCACUUUAGUUUUAUGCAUAAUUUGAAUUUACAACCCUAAAAAGAACAUUUAUUAAAUACAGAGUGAGCCCUUUGUGAAAACUGCUUUAGCUUUUCCUGUGCACCAUCAUUGCUCCAAUUAAUUAACUGUCUAGGUCAGAAUAUCAAGGUUGGGCAUGUAUAUUUUCUUGCUCCCUCAUCUGGGUAUCAGAAGACUUUGUUACCCAGUAAAUAAUGUUGAACUUCCACUCAUUACUGACAUGUUUUAAUAGUAGAUGAAAUGUGUUUUUCUUUGUUGUGUGAAUAAGUGUAUUUUGUGCUCUUCAUAUUUGCUGGUUUGCACAAGAGAUUAAAUCGUGAUGUGUAUGUGUUGUUGCUUGCAUUGGUAUAUAACCCAUGUAAUUUUAGUGCUUUGACUGGCUUGAAACUUAAAUGACUUUAUAAUAAAUGUGGAGAACCUA